AUGAGGACAUUCCCUUCAACUCCUCGCGUCGACCGCCGGAGUCAGAGUGGUGCUGCCGCGUCCCUCCUGGGGGACCAUGAAAGCACAGACAGCUCGCCAGAGCGGACCACGAAGCCUCAGGAAUGGUGGCCGUGGUGGCGGUGGAAGAUCGGAGCCUCCUGCGUGAGCAUCGUCGCCCGUGGCCUCCUCGUCUUGUUUCUCGCCUUGGUCGACCAGGCAUCGCGCGCCUCCUGGACCUUGGCCAUCGAGCCGAACACCCUCCUGCCCAUCAUCUCCACCGUCACCAAAACAUCGCUCAUGGUCCCCGUCGUCUCGUGUAUCACCCAGCUCAAAUGGCGGCACUUCACGAGGCCGCAGCGUCUCAGCCACAUCGACCUCAUUGACCAGUGCAGCCAUGAAUCCUGGGGAGCCUUCGUGCUCCCCGAGCUCUGGGAGACGAAACAUUAUCAUAACCAGAGGAAGCCUACCUCCAAGGCUCUUUGCUACGAGGAGGGCAAGCCCACCGCCGACAAUCGCGUAGUUAGCGAACAGGAGCUGAUAGCAUGA